AUGGAACGACUACAGAAGAAGCAAGCUGCCCUGCGACAAGCAAUCAAGAAAAUCAUCGCAGCGGCCAGCGACCUACUGCAAUCGCCAACCAUCCAAGUCGGUGAGCUUGAGGAACACCUCGACCUUAUCCUUGAACAAGCAGAUGAGUUGAAAUCUGUUAACGAGAGCAUCGAAAAGAAGAUAGAUCUUCAAGAAUUAGAUGCAGAAUUAGAAGCUUGCGCAGCAUACACGGAGAAGAUCUGCUCCAUCAAAACAAAGAUCAAGAGAGCUCUCAGGAGUCAGACAGCCAACGAGAGCCGGUCGACAACUCCGUCAGUGACAGGCAACGCGUCAGAGCAGGAAGCAUACCACAUCGGUUCCAUCCCACCUGCGGCAUUCCAGCCACUAUCAGCAACCACCAAGUUACCCAAGUUGGAAAUUGCAAAAUUCAGCGGGGACCUGCGCUCGUGGCAGAAAUUUUGGAACCAAUUUGAAUCAACUAUACACAAGAACAGCACCCUGCCUGCAAUAGCCAAGUUCCAGUACCUAACAAGUUACUUAAUGGAAAAGCCGCCGCUGCCAUAG